AUGUCAAAGAGAAGACCUGUUUGGAACAACUACAAAGAGAAGGUAGCGAAGAAGAGAAUGCGGAAAGGGGAAGAAAAAGGAGCAACUGGUUCAAAAGGUGGGCUGACUGUUCAGCGUUUGUCGGCGAACGUGGAGGGCAAAUGCCAAAAGUAUUCGCGCAUCGGGCCUUUGACUUUACUUCCCUGUGAGAAAGAACUGACACUGGAAAACAUCAAAGCUGCGUGUAAGGUACACUUCGACACGGAAUUGGAAUGUGAUGUGCUUGCUGGAGAACGUGGUCCUUCCUUUACCGAGUCAGGACAAAUCCAGAACUGGAAUGUUUUGCACGUGCGCUUCGUGGAAAUUCUCGAACACCCCACGAACGAAAAGUCUCGAAAACAAACAGCAAGGAAACAGUCAAGACCCUAA